GCGCCCUCUGCUCUGCGCUGGGACCAUGGAACUUCCCCUGCUGUGCGCACUGCUGGUGUUUGCUGGUGUGGUGCCAACCCAGGGCGGGAUCUUGAACCUGAACAAGAUGAUCAAACAAGUAACCGGGAAGACACCCAUCUUCUCCUAUUGGCCCUAUGGCUGUCACUGCGGACUUGGGGGCAAAGGCCAACCCAAAGAUGCCACGGACUGGUGCUGUCAGAAGCAUGACUGCUGCUAUGCUCACCUGAGGCAGCACCGAUGCCGUGUCCACACAGACCAUUAUGACUACAACUUUUCCCACGGGGACAUCCAGUGCUCCAACAAGAUGAACUGGUGCGAGCAGCAGCUGUGCACGUGUGACAAGGCGGUGGCCCUCUGCUUGAAGCAGAACCUGGAUACCUACCAGAGGCACCUGUUUUACUACUGGCGGCCCCGCUGCAAAGGCCAGACCCCUAUGUGCUAGGAGGAGCCCAGUCGGCUGCCCCACGCUCCCUCCCCUGUUCCUCAGCAUCUCCGGCUCUGCAACUCCACCCCUGCCCCAGCAUCUGACCCCCUGAACCGUCCUGGGAGGGUCUCAACCACUCCCCACCCUCCUUCUUGCUCUUGGACCUUUCAAAUCUUUCCAGCCAAGGCAGCAGCUCUCUUCUGAGCAUUGAUUGAGAUCUGAGAGGAAGCCAAGGCCAGGGAGCCCCUAGGGAUGGUGUUUGGGCUGAAGCCACAGGUGUUGGGAGACUUGGGGACCAUGGUGUGGCAGGUCCUCCCUGCCACUGCCACUCGCCAGGCCUCUUGCCCUAGUCUCACGCUGUCUGACACACUGUCCAAGCUGCGGCCGGGGUGGCCUCUCUGAAGGGCAGCAUUGAUCUUCCUGUCCACGUGGCUCUACUUCUUAAAACCCAAAGCCCCCCACCGCCCCAGGGUAGGACCUCUCAUGGAGUUUGGGACUCGCACUGUUCGGCACUAUGUCAUGCUCCCAAACUAGGCCUGGCGGUCCUUGCGGGCAGGACGCAUGACCGUCCUGGACUCAGCUGCAUCUUUGCACCCGAAGCCGUGCCCAGG